CGAAAUUCAAAUGUCAGCGCCCAGCCCUCCCAUUGCACAACAACGUGAGAUACUGCUCUGAAUACAAUUGCAUUGCAUACUCUCCAAUGAAUCCAAUACAAAGAAGGAGCACGAAUCUCACUGGUUGACCGUCACCCCUCCGUCCAAUCCCCGACACGCAACAAUGGAUCAAGCAGACAUCCCCGCCCUCCUCUCGCGCCUCUCCAGCGAUGAAGAUGCCAUGCGCAAGAUGGCAGUCUUCAAGCUGCAGUCCUCGAUCAACGAUCCCUCCUUCGCAGACGUCUUCAUCUCCUCUGGCGGCCUGAACAUCCUGCGGCGACUGAUCAUGACCACCGGCGGAAACACUCUCGCAUACUCCCUACAAUCUCUGAGCCGGCUGCUGGAAGUCGAUAUGGGAUGGGAAAUCUUCGAGAGUUCUGGAGCAGGCGAACUCGUCGAGCGGGUUGUCGAAUUGAUCGUCACACAUCCUUUAGUCAAUAUUCUGCGAGGGGCAAUGUCGAUAUUAGUAGCGAUCGUUUCGCAUCCGCAAUCCGCUCGAGGAGCGAUACGAACGCCUGGGGCUUUUGGAUUUCGAGCCUUGAAGCCUGCGGUGGCUGUAUACCCGCAAUUCUUCGAGAUGGUGGUCUCGCAGCUCAAUUCGGCAGACCACGCACUGUGUGCGAACGCUUUGAUGUUGCUGAAUGCUCUGAUGAGAGAUGCUAUUACAACCGACACUGGAGGAAAGGAGACAAUCGGCAAAGUCGGCGGAACGGGGGAGGAGUGGCCGAAAUUCAUAAAACGUUUACAAGAUUUGGGUGUCAUAAAGGCGGUCUACAUCUUGAUGCAGAGCUCGGCGUUGCAGGACUUGGCACAUCCGCUGUUGGAAUUCCAAGCUCUGACAAAAGUUCUGUUGAGGAAAUGGAGAGAUGUUAGAGUGGACUUGGAGAAACCAGAUCAUAGGAGGGCGUUGAAGGGAUUACAUCUUGCAAGUGCGCCGGAGAGGAAAGAUAUCCAUGUCAAUGGGACACCGAAAUUGGACGAAUCAGAUGGGGGAAAGAAGGGAAGCAGAAGGCAUAACCCAGAGAAGUGGCGACGAUUGGGGUUCGAGACUGAGAGCCCUGCAUGGGAAUUCGAGCCUACCGGUUUCCUUGGAAUGAUGGAUCUGAUCGACUAUGUGCGGAAACAGGAAGAUGGAUUUCAAAAACUUCUCCUAGAACAAUCAUCACGGCCGUUACACGAAAGAUGUCCAAUUGCACGAGCGAGUUUGGCGGUUACCGCGAUAUUAUAUGAGCAUUUCGAGGUGGACAAGUCGGAUGUAGAGGAUGCGAAGAGCUACCUUGUGUUGGAUGGCAUGAAGAAUUAUGACAAGAUCUUCCGCCCUUUGCUUCUGCAAUGGUCGAGAUUACAUACGGCGAGUCUGCAGUCAUUUUUCAGAUUAUGGAAGUCUACUGGGGCAGAACAGGACGACUUUGACAAGGUGGCGGAGUUGGUCCGGAUAUUGAUCGAACAAGUUGUCGGGGAGGCAUCAAGAACGAAGGAUGUGCAGGACGUUGAGGAGGAACUUUCAGAAUUUGACUAUGGUCGUCUGCGAGAACUCCAAAUGGAGCUGCUAGAGUUGACGUUCGAAGAUGAAUGGGGGCAACAUCUACACCAAGUUCGAGACGAACUGAAGCACGAAGCCUUGCAGUUUGUCAAAGAACAACGAAUAAGAUGUCUUCUUCAGGGAGCUUGGUUUCCAAGAACGGUCCAGCACAAGAACUCCACUGAAGACGGACACUCUGGGAGGAACGGAACAACAAGGACAUCUUUGACUGCCUGGCGCUACGUCAAGCUCUCCCACAAUCGUCGAUAUCUGCACUACUCGGACUUCGACGCACAAACCAAGCAGGAGCCGCUUCUCGAUGCUCUGCCGGAAAAGAUUGAUCUGAGCACCAUCAGCUCAGUCGUUUCAAAUGUCUCCGCAACAAACGACGAAACCUCCAGUAUCUCCAGCACGUCCACCCUGAAGACAGCCUCGCAUGCACAGAAACCAACUUCAACAACAAAAAUCACGAUCAACAGCUUUGUCGGAGGAGACAGCAAAUCCCUAACAAAUGGCGAGCCUGCCGAACGAGCAAUCUUGACGUUGAUGCCUCCAACGCACAGCCUUGCUUCUGAAUGGCUGGAUGGUCUUCUCAUGCUGUUGAACCAAGCACCCAUCACGGCAGAGACAAACAAGUUGGUUACUUUGGUCAGUGAAUAUGGGUUGAAGAUUAGGUUGCUGAACGUGAGGUUGGAUGAUGGCUUUGCUGGCCCUCCCGAGGGUGCGGGAGUGGUACCGGAUCGAGAGGGCUUGGAUGAUGAUUAUUAUUAUGAAGUAUAGAUGGCCGUGUUUGAUGUUAGCGUGUUUCUGAUACCCCCGGAUUUGGUGGCAGAUUUUGUAUUCUAGAUGUUUAGCGUUGUGUUUAAAAUGUUCACAAUUUCACCGCACGCUCUCUUCAAC